GGGGAUCUGCUAUCUACAAGCCUAAGAACAACAAUAAUGGUGGCAGAUACCUAUGGGAAGGACUGAUGUCUAGGGUCAUGGAGGAUGAGAACAUUUCUAGUAGACCACAUGUCAAGAGUUCAAAGCACGUCAAAUGAAUCAUUUCAGCAAUCCUUCUGAUGAAAUAGAUUGACAGUGUUCUGCCUCCCAUUUGCUUCUUUUUAGGGAGGGAGGAAGGUGGCUGUAUUGGUUUGCAGAGGCCAAAACUAUCAUUCACGUCAGCUGAUCACAUUGCAAGAGUCAGAACGGUUCCCAGAUGUCAGCUGUCAACUCAGGCGUCCCUAUCAGGCCUGAUGGAACAAAGACAGACUCCAGAAGGGACACUGGGGAUGCCACAAAAAUCACCCCCAAUUCAGAGCAUGAAGAAUCAUUUGGAAACAUCUCUUUCCCUGAAAACCAGAGAUACUCGCCUGGGGAGUUUAAUUCCAGUGAAGAUUUCUCCCUCAUUCCUUCUGCCCAGAUACCAAAGAAAGCGGAAAAUGAACGCCCCCAGUCCGUCAUCGCUGGCAUCGCCAACUCCUCUUUCCAGCCAGGGAAGGUUGCCCUCCAUCCUGCCUACUGCGCCAACGGCUGUGGGCUUCCCCCGGCUUCCGUGAGGCAGCAGCCGCGAGUCUCCAAGAAGCAGCGCAUCAGCUCCACCGCCUCCGUCUGCACCAACAGCAGUAAGAAGAGCUGCAAAUCCACAGCAUCUCAGAUCCAGGAGGUGGCUGGGGAUGAGCUGUGUGCCACUCUCCUCUUAGCUUGCCUCUUCUGCCGUUUCUCGGACAUCCUGCCUCUUUUCUCCGGGCCCUUCUGCUCUUGCUUCCCUGUGCCAUCCUGCAGCUCCAGGCUCCUGGGCUUUUGCUCGGACCCCCAGGGCUGCUGCUGCUGCUGCUGCUGCUGUCGGUUUGAGGAGCCGGCCCUGGAGUUAUGCUACCAGACUGAUCGCUGUGCACACUGUGCCCUUGCCUGCCUCUUCUGUGAGUUUAUGUCCCUCUGCUCACUUGCCCUGGACUGUGGGGGCUGCGGGGGCUGCCUAGAGGCUUGCUGUGGUGGAGAAGGAGGGGAGUCCCUUGCCGAGAGCUGCUGUGGGGAAGCCGGUGGAGGAAAUUGCCCCUGUGGGUUAGGCUGCGGGAUGUUGCAGGAUUGCUGCGGCUCCUCUGACUGUCUUGAGAUCUGCCUGGAGUGCUGUUCUAUCUGCUUCCCAGCCUGAAUUCAGGGACUGGGAGAUCGUGUCCCUCUGUCCUCCAUGGUUCCGGACUGCGUUGGGAUGUGUGCAUAUCCCUUUGGGAAUCCGACCCCACCAAACUACAAAGCAUGGCAAGAGAUUAAUCUGGGCCUCUUUUCUUACCAAAGCCCCACCUCCUUUGAACAUCCUCAGGCAAACUCCUUCCUCUUUUUAUAUCAUGGUAACAGCCCAAAACGCAUUGCUUGUAUGCGCACAGCUGGGGCCUGCUGUUCGUAUUGGAUGGGAUGAGGCCCGUUAAGUAUUGUUUCAAUUGUGUGGUGUCACACCCAGACAUUGUGAUGAUGUCACCAAAAAGGCUAAGCUGUGUUCGCACUGAAGACAGGAUAAAUUCCACUCGCACUACAAAAUCCUGUCAGGUCAAGCCUAUUCCUCUACGCACUAUAAUGUUACAGAAAAAUCUGUGCCAUGCAUUUUCGGCAGAUGUCACCAUGCAACUGUGGAUGGAAUCUCUCUCCUCUUUUUUUUUAACUGUGACCAAAAAAAUUUACAUUGAUGCUGUGAUAUAUCUGAAUGGACUGAAGCUGAAUAUGCCCCAGAGCCAAAGAAAUUUCUCUCCCUGUGCUGAAUGCUUCCAGGUGACCCGUUUAUUGAGCAUUCAUCCUUAUUAGUUUGCAGGGAGAUUAGACAAGGUUGGAUAUUUAAUGAGCAUUGCUUUUUAUUUAAUUGCAAGGAAGUUAGAAGGCCUUGCAUUUUUUUAAAAAAAGUCUUGUCCCACACUUUCCAGUGCAUUUUCCGGUCUCUUUCCUAAUUCCAAAAAGUCAAGUUGUUUUAGGAAGUGGAUUUGUUGUGCAAGACCUCCCUGAAUUUGCCAGUGUGUGAUUGAAUCCCACCUGAAAAUAGCUAUACAGCCUGGAAGUGCCUGGUGUGUUUCUGAUGUGAACUUUAAAUGGACCAUAGGCUCCAGGUUGGGGUUUCUCACAUGACUAUUUCUUUGUGCCUGGAAAUAUAUUGUUGUGCUGGUCAGGAUGCCUGAUUGUAAAAUAAAUUUAAAUUAAACUAAUGA